CUGCAUGCCAUCGCUCAGGCAUUCAUUCUAAGAGCGCUUUACAAAUGGGGCAUCGAACAUUUCAUGGACAAGAGUCUUGAUGUUCGUGUGCGACACGGUGUCGCGGCUUGCUGUAAAGCAGUCAUGGUUCAACAUGCACAAGAUGCAAAUUGCGCAUUGUCUGAAAGACUGGAAGCUCAAGGCCUCUUCGAAUAUAAUCGGUUGUCCAACCAUUAUAGUGAGAUGAGGGGGAUUAGCAUCGCUGAAGGUGACAUUUUAAGCAGUUACCUAUCUCGACACAUACAGAUGGGCCACUUGCAAGUUGCGAUGCACGAAAUCUCGUCAUUCGAUGAGGCAACCGAGACAGUUUCCUCCUCAUCCGACUUCACGCAAGCGUCGAUGCAAUAUGCGCAGCCACGUUGUCAGCAAAUGGUCGAAUCCAUGGGACACCGCAUGGCCUAUGACGCCGCCGUCGACCAAGGGGUCUCCCAAUGUCUCGCCGAUCUGUAUAUCAUCAAUGCGAUCAAGACAGAUGCCGCGUGGUAUGUGGAACAUGGCGUGUUUACGCGGAAGGCCAUCAUGCAUAUGGAGGAUGCUGCAUUGUCGGCAGCUUUGCCUCGCCUGGAUGAGUUGCUCACUGCGAUGGAGGUUGAGCCAUACGUAUCGUCACCCAUCAUAUCGGAUAAGUGCUGGGAGGAAUUUAGGAAGACGUUGCCCGUCUAUAGCUUCACUCAGGCUGAGGUACCAGCGGCGCGACUUUAG